CGGCUCACCCUUUCACUUCCAAGUCCUAUGCUCGAUUGCCAACUUCUCACCCCUUUCUGCUAUCUUUCCUUCUUACAAUCCUCCUUCAAACCCGUUAUACCGUCUUCACGCCCUCGCUAUAUCCUUGACGGAUACGACAAAGCGGAAUUAUAUCGACUUUGAACGACUUGGGACGACAGUGAAUCAUUGACCAUACUCCUGCGUUGAGAGUUCUAUUUUAGGCAACACUCAGAACGCGCAGGCAUCAAGGCCCACGCACCGUUAUCAGCAUCACCACUGUCGUUCUACAACACCAUCAACCAUGAACCAUCUCAACACCAACUUCGAUCCUGACUCCUUCCUCAACCUUGAUCAUGACUUUACUCCCUCCUCGACUCCGAGCGCCAGAUCUGUACCCAUGUUGACACCUCAAUCCUCCACCAUCCCAAACUCGGCAACCACUUUUGCCUCAACCUCCAAUUCUCAAUCCUUCCCAGCGCCCAGUUUCCAGUAUGAUGCGUAUCAUCAACAGACGGGUAUUCCAAUUGGGGCACUAGCAAGCACCUUCAAUAUCAACAGGGCAAGUGGACUACAUUACAACGAAUCGACCGGAGGGUUUGUGAUGCCUACCGAGACCUUGAACAUGCCUCUGAGCAAUUUGGACGAGUUCGAUUUCAGCCAGAAUCCUUCGGACAUGGACUUCGAGUCAGACUCUCCCAACGACCUUCCAACCAUGUUCUAUCCCGAUCGAUCCUCAAAUCAGGCUCAAUUUAUCAGCCCAAACACCUUGGUUGCCCCCAACAACAACGGCGCUGCCCCUAUGCAACGUAUCUAUCCUGGUAUGCACAGCCAGCAGGCCGCCCAGGCAAGGGCUCACCAGGCUCAGAAGCAAGAACAGAUGGCAAGACAACAGCAACAGCAACGACCCGCAGGCCAGAAGCCGCUUCCUGGCCCUUCGCCUACAAAGUCUCAACCAGCCAAGGAUCCUCUUGUCGAAGAGAGCAUAUCCAAGGUUUUGAACCGUAUGAGACAUGCCAGCGUCGUGUCAACGUCGCCUGAUGAAACCACCCCUGGUGCUGGCGUGUCGAACAUGCCUAGGAUCAAGAAGGAUGAGGACGACAUGGACGAGGAUGAACGACUCUUGGCCAGUGAAGAAGGAAAGAAGUUGUCCAGCAAAGAACGACGUCAGCUCAGAAACAAGGUAUCUGCUCGUGCAUUUCGCUCUCGCAGAAAAGAAUACAUCACCCAAUUGGAAGGCGAGGUCGCUGUCAAGGUACAAGAAGCAACGGACCUCCGUAACCAGAACCAACAGCUUCGGGAGGAGAACAGUCGUCUUACAGAUCUCACCCGCAUGCUACUAUCAUCUCAAGCCUUUUCCGGCUUCUUGCAAGAGCUGAGCCACUCGGGCAUGUCAGCACCAAACGUUUUGAGCGAGUCCAAGCAACUGAAGGCUACUCAGAGCCAUCCUCAGCCCGUUCAGAAGGACGCUGCUGGACAUAAUGCCACCCACCAAACGCAUGUCCAGCAACCUCAGAUUGGCAUGGCAUUGAUUCCCGAAACUCCUAUGGACUUCUCCACAUUUCAGCCCUCGAAUGCCUGGAUGACCGCGCUUCCUACCAAUGACUUCCAAGUCUACUCGGUCAGCGAGCUACCAGAAGCUCCUGUUCUUGACCUGGAAGCCUUGUCUGGAAAAUCAAACCCGGCUGUGAGCAAGUCGAAGUCUGUCAAGGACGCUCCCAGGCUCGCACAAAGGCCUAGAUCGUCGAUGGAGGCGGUCGACAAGACUCAGACCAACCAAGUCGAUGAGUCAGUCACCCUAGAUCGUGACGCCUUUGCCUUAUAUUUCGAAUCCUCCUCUGCAUCUGCCUGCGAAGAGUCUUGUACGAUUGACGACUCGACAUUACUUGCCAAGGAGCAGCCUCUCUCAGACGAUCUGAAACUGGACAGAUUCAAGAAGGUGUGCGCUGAGCUGGAUGAGGCCUGCCAAAGGCUUGCUGGUUUUGUUCCGAGUUUGGAGUGGGAGCGUUGAACAAGUCAGUGUUUAGAAUUGGAACGAGGUUUACUGGCCAUUGGGCCCAUACUUUCUGCUUUGGGUUUCUUGGGUCUGCACAUAGUUUACGAAAUUCUUCAUGAUCUCCCACGAAA